AUGGUUUGUGGUGAUCUUAAUGCAAUCUUGAGUGUUGAUGAGAAACACGGGGGUCAGGAGUAUAGUAGCCGAGAAGGGAAAUUGCUUCAGCAAUUUAUGGUUGACACUGGCGGAGUAGACUUGGGAUUUAUUGGCCCAAAGUUUACUUGGAGAAAAUCUAGAGGAGCUCAAGAUGCGGUCAGAAAACGAUUGGAUCGUGCUGUGGCGAGUGCGGAUUGGUGUGUCCUUUUCCCCGAGGCAAAGGUCUUUCACUAUCUGAUUUUAGCCUCGGAUCACGCCCCCCUAAUUGUUGAUCUUCAGCCUAUGGAGAAAAAACUGGCGUAUCCUUUCAGAUUUUUGGAGGUCUGGUCUUCGAAUACUGAAUGUGAGGAAGUUGUUAGAAGCUCUUGGGAGAAACCUUGCUUUGGGCAGCCUAGCUAUCGGGUCUGCAAGAAGUUAAUGGUCACAAAACAAGCGCUGAAAUGCUGGAACAGGAAUGUUUUUGGGAUGUGUAAUGUGCAACUUAAAGGUCUCUAUGAGAGGCUAAAUAUCCUGCAACAACAACUAAGCCAGGAAGCUUGUCUAGAAGAGGCAGAAAUACAAUUGGAAAUUCUUGAUAAGGAGCACAAGAUGGAAAGAAUUUGGAAACAAAAGUUAAGAGAGUUAUGGGUGAAGCACGGGGACUGUAACUCCAAAUUUUUCCAUACCGCUACUAUGGUCCGGCGGAGACGAAACCGUAUUAAUGCCAUUAAUGUUGACGGGGUCAAUUGGAUCUUCAAUAGAGGUGACAUUGGGGACUAUUUCAUCAGAAAUUUCAAAGAAUUGUUUGAGAGCCAACAACCAGUUAUCUCGGGUGACUUUGAUUCGCUUUUUGAGCCUCGGGUCUCUGUUCAAGAAAAUUCAGAGUUGUGUCGAUGCCCCACUGACAUGGAAAUAAAAGAUGUAGUUUGGAGAUUACACCCGCUGAAAGCUCCAGGCCCUGACGGCUUUUCGGGGAUCUUUUACAGACGAUAUUGGCAUAUAGUGGGGACGGAUGUUUGUAAUAUGGUUAAGGAGUUCUUCUUACAUGGAAAAUUUGUGGAGAAGAUGAAUCACACUUUCAUUUGCCUUAUCCCAAAAUGUGAUAGCCCAGCCGCCUUUGAUCAAUUCCGUCUGAUAAGCCUCUGUAAUUUCAGUUACAAGAUUAUCUCGAGGCUUAUCACGGAUAGAUUGAAGCCGAUUCUUGACAAUUUGAUAAGCCCCUAUCAAUCGGCGUUCCUUCCUGGGCGAUGGAUCGCAGAAUGCUCUGUCUUGGCCGCCGAAGCAGCUCAUACGAUGAACAAAAUCCGGAGCAGGAAGGGGUUUAUGGCGGUUAAAACUGAUAUGCAUAAAGCCUACGACAGGAUAGAAUGGAGCUUUUUGCAUCGAGUUCUUAUGGCCAAUGGUUUCAACGAACAUUUCUGUAAGUUGAUAAUGCAAUGUGUUACGACUGUCAGCUUUUCUAUUCUUCUUAAUGGGACGCCUCUCCCGCCUUUUGCUCCCUCGCGAGGCCUAAGGCAGGGGGAUCCGCUCUCCCCAUAUUUGUUCAUCCUUUGCAGUGAAGUUCUUUCUAAGUUGGUGUUGAGGGCUGAAGCCAGAAAGCAGAUUUCGGGGUUAAAAAUUGGAAAGAAGGCAAAUCCUAUUACCCAUUUGUUUUAUGCGGACGAUGCAAUUUUCUAUUGUAAAGCCUCUGUUACUGAAGCGGAACAACUGGGAAUAUGCAUAGAUACCUAUGAAAGAUGGUCGGGCCAACUAGUAAAUAGAAGGAAGAGUGGCAUUGUUUUCUCCCCCAAGACCAAUGUGGCUGAGAAGAAUCUCAUUCAUGAGAGGUUAGAAAUCCAACUCCUUGAUAAGAGGGAGAAGUAUCUGGGGAACCCGUUUUUCACUUCGGGAAGCAGACGGGAUGACUGUAAUUUUUUAAUUGAAAAGAUGUUUCAGGGGUUAGAGGGGUGGAAAGCAAAGCAAUUGUCGUUUGCGGGAAGGCAGACUUUGAUUAGUUCGGUUCUCCAUAGUAUUCCUUGCUAUGCAAUGUCGACUACCCAAAUCUCGCUUUCCACUUGUGCUGAGAUGGAUAGAAUAGCCGCGCGGUUCUGGUGGAAGGGUGCUUCGAGACAAGGUGACUCCAAUCGGUACCUUGCCUUGAAGAGUUGGUCGGAAUGUUGUCAACCAAAGGCUCAUGGGGGGCUGGGAUUCAGAAGGUUUAAGGAUAUCAACAUGGCCCUCUUGGCCAAAUUAGUCUGGUUUUUGCUUGAUAAUAACACCUGCGAGAAGCCUUGGGUCAAUGCUCUUAAGGCUAAGUAUUGUUCAGUUGAAGAUUUCUGGAGUGUUCAAGGAAAAGUGGAUGAUUCUAGGGGGUGGCGUGGGAUCUUGGCAAGCCGUGCUCUUUGUACUAACGAAGCUGGGAUUCUAAUAGGGACGGGAGAAAUUGAUAUUUGGACUAAACCGUGGGUGCCAGGUUUCAGUCCUAUGGAGGUUCAAAAUUCUUUCUCCUAUAAUGCUACUCAUGCUUUUACUUCAGUUUCGGAUCUCUUUGUACCGGGCACGCUACUCUGCAAUGAAACUCUUAUUACUCAAUGCUUCACUCAAGAAGUGGGGGAGGCUAUUAUGAGAAUUAAGCCUCUUAAUCGGAGUAAGGAUAUUUUGUUCUGGAAAGGAAGUAACAAAGGAAAGUUCUCCGUUAAAAGCGCUUACUGGAGCGCCCAACAUCACCGGUUUAAAGAGGCCAAAGAAGUCUGGAAGCACCUUUGGAAAGCUCGGAUCCAUCCAAGUCUUAAAACUCUGUGUUGGCGUAUCUUUAGUGGCUGUUUUCCAACUAAAAUGCGUCUUGCGUUCUCGGAUGACAGGGACAAGCUUUGUAGCCUGUGUGGGGAGGAGUUAGAAACUGAGAUUCAUCUCUUCCGCGAUUGUCAUUUCGCUCGUUGCCUUUGGUUUACAAGCCCGGGGGGCAUUCGGAGUAGUCUUCUUUGCACCCUCUCCCUUGAAGAUUUAUUUGUGUGGCUGGCCAAGGCUAACAAUGAUAGGUUGGUUCUCUAUGGUGCUUGCAUCUUUGAAAGAAUUUGGUGGUGUAGAAAUGAGGUAAUCUUCAGAGGAGCCACUCCGAAUGUGGACACUUCGAUUCGGAUCAUCAAGCAGAGGGUAAUGGAGUUUAGUGAUGGAGAUAUGGAGAUUGGUGAGCCUAACGCAGUGGAUUUGGUUAUCGAUUGUCCUCAGGAAACACGGUGGGACAUUCAGUUCCGGGUUGAUGCCUCGGUGGUGCAGGGUGCGGCUGGAACUGGUGCAAUUCAGGUUGAUGUUGCAGAGGUUGAAGCUGUUGUCCUGCUACAUCACCUCUCAGUUGAGAGUGUUCUGGAGGCCGAGUUCCAUGCCAUCUGGUCUGUGUUGUCCUGGGCAAAGGAGAAGAAUAUUGAUCAUGUGCUGAUUGAAUCUGAUUCCCAGAUUGCAGUAAAAGCAAUCGGUAGCCGCCAGCUUCCUUAUGCUUGGGGCUCCUUUCCUUUGUUUCAUGCUUGUUGUAGUUUAAUUUCUGGUUUUAAAGGCUGUGUUGUGUCUUUUAUUCCUCGUACUGAGAACCUUCUCGCGGACAAAUUGGCUUGUUAUGCCCGAAUGUCCAGUGCUUCAGUUUGUGGUUUGUUAAGGGAGGUUGCCCCCUUUGUGGCAGCCGAGUGA